AUGCGUAUUAUGAAUGAACAACAAAUUGAAUGGGAGAAAUCUAUACAAAAAUCUGGAAAUAGCAGGAAAUUGUCAUGGGCAGAUGAAAUAGAGAUGCAGGCGAAGAAUCAAAAACAACUGCCGGCAUCAGUUUGGGAUAAUUUUGAUAUUGGAAAAAUCACUAACGCUGGUUUAAUCUUGAAGGACAUUGAAUCAGAGGUCGAAUACUGGAAGAAUGUUGUUGUAUGCUACGUAUUAGGGGCAUAUCCACCAUUUAAUGUCCUGAAUAGCUUCUUACAACGAAUUUGGGGAAAGCGUGGAAUAGAUAAGAUAGCUAUGCUGAAGAAUGGAAUAGUAAUGGUUCGAUUUGAUACUGAAGCGGGGAAGAAUGAAGUAAUACAGGAGGGGGUUUUUCAUUUCGAUAACAAACCUCUAAUUGUGGAAGCUUGGAAUGUGGAUAUGGAUUUCUCAAAGGAUGAACUAUGUACUGUUCCAAUAUGGAUUAGGUUGCCCGGACUAGAAUUCAAAUACGGGAGUGCGAAGGGUUUGAGCAAGAUUGGAAGUCUAGUAGGGAAACCAUUAAUGGUGGAUAAGAACACUGAAAAGAAAGUGGGGCUAAAUUUUGCAAGACUUUUAGUGGAGGUAAAAAUUGGAGAGCAAUUUCCGGAAUCAAUAUUUUUUAAGAAUGAAAAAGGUAUUAUCAUAGAACAGAGGAUCACAUAUGAUUGGAAACCUUCUGUUUGUGAAGAAUGCCAAAAAUAUGGACAUACAGGGGAGAAUUGUAGGAGAACUAAGGAAAAAGAAGUGAAACAAGUAAGGGGGGAAACUGAACAUCUAAGCAAGGGGGAAUGGAGUCCAAGCAAAAGGAAUCCUGUGGAACAAAAGGAGGUACCAAAGCAAAUAGAAGGAAGAAGACAGAAUGACAAGGGUAGAUAA